AAGUAAUCGAGUGAGUACGAGCGAUAACUAAAGAAAGAAGAAGAGUGUGAGCAAAACAGAGGAAAACCGAAAGGAAGAUGGAGAUUGAGGAAGUAGGCAACUAUGAGGGACUGCCACUGCUCUCAUUGAACCAUGUCUCAUUGUUGUGCAGAUCAGUGUGGGACUCUGUCAGGUUUUAUGAACAAGUCUUGGGCUUUGUUCUCAUCAAACGCCCUUCUUCUUUCAACUUCAAUGGCGCUUGGCUGUAUAAUUACGGCAUUGGCAUACACUUAAUUCAGAACCCUUCACUCAAUGAUUUCGACACCCUUGUUGAACCAAGGCCAAUCAAUCCUAAGGACAACCACAUUUCAUUUCAGUGCACGGAUGUUGGCCUUGUGAAGCAGAGCCUGGAAGACAUGGGAAUGAAAUAUGUGACGGCUCUGGUGGAGGACGAGGGGAACAUGGUGGAUCAGGUGUUCUUCCAUGACCCAGAUGGGUACAUGAUCGAGCUCUGCAACUGCGAGAACAUUCCUAUCAUUCCCCUCUCCUCCUGCUCAUUCAAGCGAGGGAGUUUCAAGAAGGCUGCACCCACUAAAUGUGGAUUCAUGGAGAAUGUCAUGAUGGAGAGCCUGAGCAUGGACAUGAUGAACUUCUCAUUUUGAGAAACUUCAACCACUUCAUUUUGUCGGCAAAAAGAAAAACAAAAUUGUUUGUGCAAUUGUAGUACAUUACAUGUCUUAAAUGCAUACAUAUGGGAUGCCUACAUUGUCAGUAUUGAAAGAUAAGAGUGUGUGUGAUAUAUAUUAAGCCAAGAUGCAGCUUCGAAUUGUAUUUAAUUUAAAACAUGGCAUUUGAUAGAUCAGGAAAAAAAAAAACCAUGAUCUGUCAAAUGUGAGAGUUGUCAUUGUUUUUGGUAUUAAUGUUAAAUAUUUGCCGU